GGGGCGGAUCCACAAGAGCCCGCCCCCUAAUACCUCCUUUGGUAUCGCGACGAAGUUCUUGAGCGAAACCUUGUGUAUCUGUCUCUUCGGAACCCAUAUGGCUGCCCGAGUUCUCGUCGGUGUUAAGCGGGUCAUUGACUAUGCAGUGAAGGUCCGUGUGAAGCCGGACAACACCGGCGUGGUGACAGAUGGCGUGAAGCACUCGAUGAACCCCUUCUGUGAGAUCGCCGUGGAGGAGGCCGUCAAACUGAAGGAGAAGCAGCUGGUAAAGGAGGUGGUGGCGGUCAGCUGUGGCCCCCAGCAAGUGCAGGAGACCAUCCGCACAGCUUUGGCCAUGGGGGCGGACCGCGGCAUCCACGUGGAGGUGUCUGGGAAGGACUACGACACCUUGGGUCCUCUGCAGGUCUCCAAGAUCAUGGCCGCUUUGGCCAAAAAAGAAGAGGCCAGUCUGAUCAUCCUGGGCAAACAGGCAAUCGAUGAUGACUGUAAUCAGACUGGCCAGAUGACUGCCGCCCUGCUCGACUGGCCUCAGGGCACAUUCGCAUCUGAGGUGGUCCUGGAGGGCGACAAGCUGAAGGUGGUGAGGGAGAUUGACGGCGGCCUGGAGACGGUGAAGCUGAACAUGCCGGCCGUGGUGACAGCGGACCUGCGUCUCAACACCCCGAGAUACGCCACUCUGCCCAACAUCAUGAAAGCCAAGAAGAAGAAGAUCAGUGUGGUGAAGCCAGGCGAGCUAGGUGUGGAGGUGACAUCGCGUUUGGAGGUGCUACGGGUAGAGGAGCCCCCCCAGCGGAAGGCGGGGGUCAAGGUCGAAACUGUGGAGGACCUGGUCUCCAAACUCAAAGAGGGUGGAAGAAUAUAGAGGCGGCAGGAGGAGGGAGUCUGUACAGGGACAGACUGGGAGCCUGGCUGCGGUUUUUUAAACAAAGAUGGAAAGAAGAUUGGGGGGGAAAACCAGCCAGACCGGCAGGAUGACUCACCAUCGGCUCGACUGGACUCCUGCGCAUCCUGACUCUGUGUGCCUCGUUGUCUCCCUCCUGAAUGCUGAAAGUGACAGCGCUGCUGUUAGCAGUCCCACCGGGGGGGAUGGGGGGCUGGGUGGGCGGUGGCGAUUAGGGUGCCGUCUGCCAGCCAACCCGAAUGCGUCUGAAUGACACCAUACCUCUGUACCGCUCUGUGUUGGGACCAGCGCCCCACAGGGAGAAUAGCCUCUAUUGUCUGUCACUGUGCCACAUUAAAUUUUCGUAUCUGUCACGGUGACAGAUUAAUAAAUUUCCUCACUGUCCCAGUGAAA